AUGUCAGACCUAGAAGAUAAAGAAUUUGUAUCUCGACGUCGCUCAUCCUCUGCUUCUUUAACAGCCUCACCUUCAUCCUCCUACAAAAUGAGCAUUGACUCGGACGACGCCAAAUCCACUUCAUCUCUCCCAAAAUACCCAACAUCUUUAUAUUCUCGUCAAAACACAGCACAUUCUGCACAAUCCUUUCUUUCGUCUGCAACUGAACUUGCUUCACGAAGACCACCGCUCAGUCGGUCUGUAUCUGACCAGGGACUGCCUUGGUUUGACUAUGCCGGAUCCUCUUCCCGUAAUGAUCAUCCAAUGGCAGAUCCAUCUCCAAGCUGCUCAGCUCGCUCCCGUAAACAAUCCUCUUCACACACAAAAGCAUCUCUUUCUAUUGAUACAACCGAAGGACGAAGAGACCCCGAAAGACGAAGUGUACAACGUAGAAGUUCACUUAUGCCACGAUCAAAAGCACUUGCACGAGUAUUAAACCAAGCAGAGGAGGAUACCCAUUUGAGUGAUUUAGAAAUGCGCCGAGAACAAGAGACAACAAAUCAUAUGAAAGAAAAAGACAAAUCCCCAGCCGAAGGACAAUGUAUCAAAGAUACUGAAUGUAUUGCACCUUCUCUUCCACCUGCAUCUUGGGUGCGUGUCCGAGACGUAGACCAAUCUCCAACAAUGGCACCUUAUCAAUGUUCAAAACUCAAUCCUGAAGUUGAGAUGGCUCACUUUCAGUUGGAGAAUUUACCAUCUACACCUGUUCAACAAGGAUUCCGGAGUAUUAAGCGAAAAGCCUCAGAAGACCGUUUGUAUGAACCUUAUUCGACUGCAAGUAUGAAGCGGAGAGCAGUCUCUCCCUCCGUUUCUGUAUCUCCCUCUCCUAUCCUGACCGGUAUAUCUAGUCCUCCCGCAGCUUAUAUCCAAUAUGGUUCUAGUCCUACACACAGCGGAGGGAAUGCUGCUGCAAGAGCACAGCAAAAACUAGUUCAACUGUCUACAAACACAUUUAACUUACAAGAUGCAAGUGGUGGGCUUAGUAGAAUGUCAUUGAGCGAAUAG